CUGCCUCGAGGCAGCCAUCAACCACUCGCCAGCAAAAUUCGUUGUGCCAACGUCACAUAACGCAAAGUCCCAACCGCUUGUCAGGGCUCCGCAAGGGCGAGCCACAAUGCCAUCCCUCGCCGUCGUCCCUUCCACCGGGACGCUCCAACGUGGGUUCGACGUUAACAAGGCUGCCAAGGUCCGAUCGCGGCUCAAGUUGACUCUGACGCUCGUGAAACGUAUGGCGGGAAUCUUGUGUGCCUCGCUCCUAACGAUCGACGUAUUUGCCAACAACUGGGAGAUUAUGAACUACGUUGGGAACGGAAGGCAUUUCCUGACGCCGCUGCUUGACGUUGACACCGUCGACGCAUUGGAAGCCAGGUACUCGUUUCCUCCAAUGAAGUCCCCCAACGGCGUGUCGAAAGUUGGUCGGUACAUGAUCGAAUUCGCCCUGGCGCAGCUCCUUGACGAGGAUGGCGCGGCGUACGUGCUCAGCAUGGGCUCGUUUGCCGUGCAUGACGCGUCGAGCAACCUGUGCGGGAGCCUCGUCCAGACGUACCCCGUCAUCGCCACAGCCAUCUCCAAGAACAACUCCAUUCGGGUGGGUACCAUCAAGGAUGGCGUCACAUAUAUUCGGGGCAAUACGCUCACCCACUGGUUCGGCUCGACGCUGACGGCCCCUCAGGCCGUCCCCGGAACCGACGACGAUGAUCUUCGCGCCAUGGGAUACGUUCCUGGGCGUUCGUACACUGACAUGCGAGUAACGACCCCUCUCCCACUUUCAUCUCCCCGCCAACUCAUCGCACUCAACGUGUCCAUGUACCGCUUCUUCUCGACUUCAUUCUGCUCUGGAUGCCAUCCAUACACCGAACUCGGCAUCGACGUGUGUUCGGUAGUGUACUGGUACAACGACACGGCCAAGACGGUCACACUUAAGACGAGCGACCGCAUCGGGGGUGCCCGGCACGAUCUUGGGAUCAUGUUUCAGCGAUCGUGGGAAUCUACCGCUUCGCUGAUUGUCCGGAUCGUGUGCAUGGUGAUGCUGCUGGGGGCGUUUGGCGCCAGCGAAAAGACCGUGCGGUGGACAGAGCCCAGCGACGUGGACACAACGUUGAAGCGCCUCAUGUACCUCGUUAACCCUGCAAAGUACCGUCACUCGAGCGAGGCGUUCGAGUUUGCCUACCUCUGCUUCAACAGCGACGUCGCCGUGUUUCUGUACACGCUGGCCGUCCUGUUUGACGAGAAUUUGGCCAUUGUGUUUUCCCAAACAUUGCACCGAUGGGCACAACAGAGCAAUACGAAUGGAUGGGUCGAGCUGCGGUUGAUGGCGUUCAGUCUUCGUUGGUUGUGGUUCAAUUGCCUUCUUUUGAAGGCAGCCAAGUGGCUGUGCAAUUACGUGAGCAACUCCCAGUACACGGGGCAAAAUGUCGUCAUGGGAUGGCUCAACUUUAGCUCCGUGACGUGGAUUUACCUGUCGUACGUCGUCCUGGCGAUGCGGAAUACCUUCAUUGAAUACGGUAACUCGGUGCGAUUGACCAUCGAUUCGACGGCGCAAAACUUGGAUGGGACCUCGGUCGACUUUUUCGACAGUUGGUACAUCCGCGCGAUGGGGCCGCUCUUGAUUGUCAUGGCGUGCAACUUGGCACUCGUGCUAGUACUCGACCGGUUUUGCAAUCGAUCUUGGUGGCGGCAUAUGGCUAACAACUCGCUUUGUCGGCAGUACAUGUAUAACUCCACGUCGAUCCUCUGCAGCGACAACCUUCACUUUGUUCCACGACGUGGCUUCACUGGGUCGAGCAUCGAGGUCAGGGCGCGCAUGCUGUGCACGAUGCAAUGGUUUCUGUCGAGCCACGUGCUGCGUUUUGGGCUGCAGGAGCAACCGCAGGCUGUGCGAAAUAUUGUCGCGACCAAAUCAACGGCCGUGGGAGGGGCAGGCCACCGCCAUCAUGGCCAACAUGGCACCGUCAGCGGGGGUGGCGGCCGAGAUUCCGAGUCGUCGUCCGUGAGUUCCAAACGCGGGUCGGUGACCAGUCGGCGACACGAAGAAGAUAAACAGCAGCAUUGGACAUCGCCCAUGAUUGAUGAAGACAUUCGGGCAAGCUCCGACUCGGCCGCGGACGCCUCCGCCAGUCGUGACAUGCACCUCAUCGUCCAAGACCGUGACGGCCACGUGCGCAUGUUUGACGCAGACAAGCGCGAGUUGCAAGCACUCGGGCUCGAGAUCAAGAUCCUCCGGGACUCGACCUAUCUUGUAGCGUAACCUCCUCGACAAUCCACUUUUGUUGGACCCAAAACAGAUCAGGUAAUCGACGCCAUCGAGAUAACCCAAUGCCGUCUGAUUGGCUGUAAAGUGAAACCGAUGUUGAUCUUGUCCAA